GCGUUUGCUCGCAGACGGAAGGCUCCAGAGGUUUUCAAGAGGGAAUAAUUCAUAUUUCAUUCACUACAGGGAUGCAAUAAUGGAAAAGUAGAAGCUGACAGAGGGAAAAACUCUCUGGGCCAAGGACGGUUCUUACAGCCAUGGCUUCUGAACUCCACGAAGCCAUUUUUAUGGCCAAGCAAGAGCGACACAAGAAUCUUUUCCUGAACUACAGAAACCUCAACAAUUUCCCUGUGGAGCUCCUCAAAGAUGAAGGGAUGCAGUUCCUGGAGCGUCUCUUCAUGAAGAGAAACUCCCUCACAACACUUCCAGAGAACCUGGCUCAGAAACUUCCCAACCUGAUAGAAUUGUACCUGCACUCAAACAAUAUUGCGAUAAUUCCUCAAGCAAUUGGCAAUCUAGUGAAGCUGCAGUCACUGGACCUGAGUGACAACGCUCUUCAGGUCAUCUGUCCAGAGAUCGGUCAGCUGCGCUCAUUACGACAUCUGCGAUUGGCCAACAAUCAACUGAAAUUCCUCCCGCAAGAGCUGGGAGAUCUCCGAGAGCUGGAGACUCUGGACGUGUCCAUGAACCUCCUGAGGACUCUUCCGGAGCGUCUGCACCAGUGUCCGUCCCUGCAGUGCCUGACGGCAGACCGCAACCUGCUGCACUGCCUUCCUCGCCAGCUCUGUCUGCUGCCUGACCUCAAUGAGCUCUCCAUGGCUGCCAACUGCCUAACAUCACUGCCCCUGGAUCUGGGACGCUCCAUGGAGUUGCAGUUUGUCUUUGUGGACAACAACGCUAAUCUGAAGGGACUUCCAUCGUAUCUUUAUAACAAAGUCAUCGGCUGCAGUGGAUGUGGUCUAGCUGCGCAGAUCUCUGAUGUGAAGCAGCUCUGUCUGACGCUGGGAGAUGUGACUUUCCCUCUGCCCUCUGAAGUGAAGGCCAUCGGCUCCGAGACUGACCGCGUGUUGCCUCUGGAGGAGCUGGCAUGCAGAGUCCUACAUGCGGCCCACAACUGGACCAGUAAGGAUGUGAGGUUCCUGACGCCGUUCCUGUUACCCAAGAGUCUGCUGGAUGUGGUGCGGUGGCCUCUGGGACAUUGUCACCGCUGCAGUCAGCCCAUGUUCACCAUCGUCUACCCUAAACUGUUUCCUCUCAGAGAGACCGCACUCGCAGGAGUGCACAAGAGAACCACCGUGAGUUUUGUCGCGUACUGCUGCUCUAGCCAUUGUCUGAGGACGUUUGACCUGCAGGGCUGAUGUCUCACAUACACUAACCUCACAUCUGCUCAUGAUGCUUUCAUCUUCACAAAGGUCUUGAAGAAUAUCACCAGAGACUUUAUGAAGAACUGAUGCCUGUCUGAGCUUCUGAAACAUUUGACAGCCCACCGUCUUGAAGAUCUUCAUAACAGCCAUUACAGCAUGUCCUCCUCCUUCUGUGUGUAGCAGCAUCUAACAAAACCAGCAGUUGGUUAAUCCUGAUUACGUUUCACAAAUGAAUGAAGAACGAAAUUAAACAAAGUGUAUUUCAAUCAACGGCCCAUACAAACUAUAAAAUAUUGUUUGUAUUGGGAUUGUUACGGUUUACUGUAACCAAAAAGGUUCCGGCUUUAAUCGGUUGAGGUUUCUUGAGAAACUUAACAUUUAUUCUGUGUUUUAGAGACUACCAUCCUGAUAUACUUAAAACUGACGAGUUUUAGGUGAGAUAUGGAUAUUUGUGUUUUCAUUUGAAAGGAAAAUAGAAUUGUUUUUCAGAAUCCCUUCACUGAAAUGUCAUGUUACUUCAGAUUCAUAUCUCACUACUGUUUUUAACCAUUACACAAUACUUAACUUUAAAAGUGGCUUUUUAAAGAUAAAUAUGUUUAAUUUCAGUCUGAGGCUCAAGUGUUUGUAUGCUGUUGAAAGUGAGCAACACUCAUUCGCCCUUUUCAAAGAAAAUCGUGUGUGGUGUUGUAUGUUAUGUUUUUUUUUGUUUUUUUGUGAAGCUUUGGAAAUAGACUGUUAUAAAGUGCCAAUUGACUUUUAUGAAAAACAUGCAAUUGAUUGUAUUGAAGGCAGCUUCAAGGGAUUGUUCUAUUUUUGUGUGAGAUAAUAUUUUCAAAAGACCAAGACAUGUGAAUUGUGGAGAUUUGCUGAUACUACACUACAUCUGUCAGUCAGUGUGCAUCUCUCAGCUUUGCUACAGUGAACCAUCACUGUUCAGCUUUCAGUAUUUAGAAUAUUCUCUCUCUGUCUCUUUAAUUAGAUGUGAGCAAGAGCAUGACUUUCUUAAAGGGAUAGUUCACCCAAAACUGAAAAUAAGCCAUCCUAGGGGUAUGACUUUCUACUUUCAGACAAAUACAAUCAGAGUUACAUUAGAAAAUGUCCUGGGUCUUCCAAACUUUAUAAUGGCAAUGAAUGGGUGUUAAGGUUUUGAAGCAAAAAAAAGUGCAUCCAUCCAUCAUAAAAAAAUACUCCACACAGCUCCAGAGGGUUAAUAAAGGCCUGAAGCAAAGCAAUGCAUUUGUGUAAGAAAAAUAUCUAUAUAAACUGUAAUCUCUAGCUUUUGCAUGUAGUUUUAAAUAUAGAUAUGUUUCUUAUAAACGCAUCACUUCGCUUCAGAAGGUCUUUAUGUGGAGUAUUUUUUAUGAUGGAUGGAUGGAUGUACUUUAUUUUGCUUCAAAAUCUCAACCACCAUUCACUGCCAUUAUAAAGCUUGGAAGAGCCAGCACAUGUUUUUUAAUACUCUGAUUGUAUUCGUCUUAAAGAAGAAAGUCAUGGGGUCAUUUACAUUUUUGGGUGAACUAUCCCUUUAAGUUAAUGUGUGGAUGUUACCGUUACUGUUUUCUCAAAUAAGCCAGGUCUUCUACAGGAGAAGAGUGUUUGUUCAGCUAAACCUUUUACAUGUUACAAUGUCAUUUCAUUGGCACUUAUAACUGGAUAAUUGUGCUCUUGUUGGACUGUUUGGCAAUAAUAACAAUGUUUAAAACCUCUCUUGUGUUAUUUCUUAUUUCAAAUGUGUGCUUAAGUUAAAUUGAAUUCAUAUUGAGCCAUUUUGAAUGGUGAAUGUAACUGUCUUUAUAUUGUGAAGCUGCAUUUGAUGCAUCAAAAAUACACAGAAUCACAACA